AUUGAACUGAACUGGACUGAACUGAACUGAACUGAACAAACUGAAUUGAGCUGAGCCGUUACCGCGCCGCAUCCCAUCCCAUCCCAUCCCGUGCCCGUCUCCGCACCCGCUACUGUAAUCCCAUCCGCAAUCCGUACAGCUUGCCCCAGGCGAGCAUCCCGCUAUCAUUCGUGUGUCGCAACCAAGCUAAGCCGAGCUUCCCCCAAACACACUUCCCGACUCACGCCGUCGCCGUCGACUUCGAACGUCCCAAUUGCCGGCUAUACUUGUCGCCUAGCAUGUCCUACUUCUUCUCCACCCCCGUCGACAUCGACGUUGUCCUGGAAGAUGCAGACGACCGCCAGAUGGUCGACGUCAAGCUCGACAAGAACCGCAGAGAGAAGGCCCCUCUAUACAUGGACGGCGAAUCCGUCAGGGGCGCCGUCACAGUAAGGCCAAAGGAUGGCAAGAGAUUAGAGCACACGGGCAUCAAGGUCCAAUUCAUUGGCACCAUAGAAAUGUUCUUUGACCGCGGCAAUCACUACGAAUUUCUCACACUCAACCAGGAGCUCGCCGCCCCAGGCGAGCUCCAACACCCUCAGACCUUCGACUUCAACUUCAAAAACGUGGAGAAGCAGUACGAGUCCUACAACGGUAUCAACGUCAAGCUCCGCUACUUCGUGAGGGUCACAGUGUCCCGGCGCAUGGCCGAUGUCAUUCGCGAGAAGGAUAUCUGGGUCUACAGUUAUCGCAUCCCCCCCGAGAUGAACAGCAGCAUCAAGAUGGACGUCGGCAUUGAGGACUGCCUCCACAUCGAGUUCGAGUACAGCAAAAGCAAGUACCACCUGAAAGACGUCAUCGUCGGACGUAUCUACUUCUUGUUGGUGCGGCUCAAGAUCAAGCACAUGGAGCUGAGCAUCAUCCGGCGCGAGACCACCGGUGCCGCGCCGAAUCAGUACAACGAGAGUGAGACGCUUGUACGGUUUGAGAUCAUGGACGGCUCCCCAUCCCGCGGUGAGACCAUUCCCAUCCGCCUCUUCCUGGGUGGUUUUGACUUGACACCGACAUUCCGCGACGUCAACAAGAAGUUCUCCACCCGUUACUACUUAUCUCUAGUUCUCAUCGACGAGGACGCACGCCGCUACUUCAAACAGUCCGAGAUCAUCCUGUUCCGCCAAGCACCUGACGCCGCGAACAACCAGCCCUUGAUCCAGUCCGUGCCCGAACCAUCAGUGCACAAGCAGCUGCCCGUUGAGAGCUAGGAGACAACCGGCGAGCGACUGAGGCUGACGGCUCCUCCGACAAGCAUCCAUCAAUGGCGAGAAGCAGUUUCUCCGGGCUCUGUUGAUGGCAUGGUAGAGGCGCCCUCAACCGCGGCUGAUACAGUGACGGAGAGUCAGAUCUCGGACCCCAACUCCCACUCGAAUGCGAACUCGGAUUCGAGUGCAAGUCACAAUCCCUGGGAGGAAGAGGCAGACGAGAUCGCCAGGCGACACCACCAGCUUCAGAAGGGCAAGUCGCCCGCUCGCUUAGCGCCGGCAAGAUACCGGCAUCACAGAGACCGCG